CAGGCGCCAAGGAGCGCUGUUGAGGGAGCUGCUAGCUAAUCGUUACUAUCUACCUCAGUAAAACAAUAUAAGUAAAGUAUAAGAUGACAUUAUUUUGAAAGCAGUAACGUGUAUUUAUGUGACAACGUUACCGUUGAUCACAUUGUGUUUAGCGCCGUGCGAUUAGAAGUUGGAGUUCACCUGUUGCUGCACUGGUUCAGCACGUUUGUCUUUGGUCAAGAUAUAUAGCAUCAGGUUCAUAUAAGGCCUGAUUAUGACCAAAAAAGAAAGCUCCACGAUCCUGAAAGAUGUUGUGGCUUUUGUUGAUGUCUGGUCCACAAGCAAAAGAGAAAAUUAUUCAGAGGGAUUCAUGGAGCAACUUGAGAAAAUGGGGGCAAAGGUAUCAAGGACCUUAAACAAAAAUGUCACUCAUGUGAUUUUUAAGCAUGGCCACCAGUCUACGUGGAAUAAGGCCCAGAAAAUGGGACUGAAGCUUGUGUCUGUCCUUUGGGUCGACAAGUGCAGAAGUGACAGCCAGCAUGUGGAUGAGAAUUUAUGCCCUGCAGUAAACGAAGAAGGCAGCAGUGUCCUAGCCAACAAAAGGACGCACAAAUGCAUGCAGCCUCGGGAUAUUCCCACGAGAACACCAGAGAAUGACAGGCGCUUGAAAAGAAAACUUGAUAAAAUGAUGGAGAGGCUGACUCCUUCCUCACCUGUUGUCUCAAACGUGUCUCCUCUGAUCAUCGAUGAGGAGCAUGGGAUCGUGUACAGUCCGUCAUCGAAGACAGCAGCGACCAUGGCCCUGCGGCUGAAACAGAUGAGGGAGAGGAGAGAAAAUCUCUCCCCUACUGCUUCCCAAAUGGUUGAUUCCACCUUCACACAUGAGCGCUCUCUGAAGCCCUCCAUUGGGAGCAGUCCAUCCACCUCUUUUGUGCAUCUGCUGGAAGAAGAGGACUUGCCUUCUUCUCUCGGACACACUCCGGAGAUGGAAGCCGGAGGAGUGCACUUCAUGAGCGCCUCGAAAAGCGACACCUCCAGUGUUGACACAAUCACUCCAUCUGAGGAGAAAAACCACCAUAGAAAAACCCGGCAGCUAUCAGCAUCCACGCCACUGUCCGAAGUUGCACCCAAGAGAAAGUCAUCGAGAGGGAGAGUCAGAUCCGUAUUUACUGACAGCAAAGCUCCUUUGCCAGCCAGUCACAAAGGACUUAGUAAAACUGCUGCAAAACACAGCACAGGAAAGCAGAAUUCACUGGACAGCUACUUUUCCACUGCACUAACCACAGGUGAAAGGACAGUUUUGGCUGAUGAUACUGUGAACGCUGAGGUAGGAACCUGUACAGAGCCAUCUAUUUAUAACAGUAGAUUGAAACUGACGCCUCCAAAAGACAGUGCACUUUUAGAGGACACACAAACACAAACCUCGCCAACUUUUAAUGAAACUCGGACUAAAGCUAACAGGCUUAGUAGAAGCGAUAAAGGAACAUCUACAUCUCCAAUUUUGUCCAUGUCAAUGAAUUCUGAAAUUGAAAGGGAAAAUAGUGCCCUGGUCAGGGUGUCAUCUGCCCCAAAAGCUUCCAGUUUGAAAAAAAUGCGGCCAACAGCUGCAUCACGUUUGAGGAAAGUCCAAAAGGUCUCUUUGGGUCAUUCCCCUUUUAGGGAUGGAGUGGCUGAUGACGUGUUCGAAGACUACUUUUCGUCAGCAGAAAAGUCCACAAAACAGCAGGCCCUGAAUCUGGACUUCUCCCCAGAAAAAGACCCCUUUUCCCCCUUUGAGAUGUCAACCAAGCCUUCCAAACGCAAAAGGGAGAGGAACGAACCAGAGGGGGCGUGUAAUAAGAAGCGAAAGCCUGCCCCUGUUAGCGCCGCUGAGUUCUUAGCCGGAUCCUCUGGACUAAGCAGUCCAUCUGAGGGCGUAGCAUCUCCUAGCCAAGUCAAGUCAAAGAGCUGUGGACGCCGCAAAUCUGCCCUCAAGCAACCAGCUUCUAGUGGCAAAGACAGAAGAAGGAAGCCGAAAGCUGAGCCAGAUGGGGAUGUCGGUAGUGAUGCAGCUGGUCACCAAACCGCAGACAAGCACAGACCAAUAGAAGCUGCCGAACCUGCCGCUCCUGCAGAUACGAGACAUGAACAUGCCCCACUGACCUUCCCCAAACCUCUGCUGACAUCACGACUCAGUGCAGCAAGAAGCAGAAAAGGUUCAGAAACUUUAGGCGAAGGCAUUAAAUAUGCGGCUGAUGGUCUCAGUGACAGAAGUAUGGAAAUGUUUAGCUGUCAAGGGGGUGAAAAAAACAGAAAUGUGCAGAUAAAAAGAACUCUAGUCAUGACAAGCAUGCCUACAGAAAAGCAGCAGACAGUGCUUCAGGUUGUGAAGUCCCUGGGUGGGUUCUCCGUGGUAGACACAGUGUGCGAGAGCACAACCCACGUGGUAGCAGGCAGCCCACGGCGCACCCUCAAUAUCCUACUAGGCAUUGCUCGAGGGUGUUGGAUCCUCUCCUAUGAGUGGAUUAUGUGGUGCUUAGAGCACAGACAGUGGAUUCCUGAGGAGCCUUAUGAGAUGUCUGACGACUUCCCAGCGGCGCCUAUCUGCCGCCUCCAGCAGCACCUCUCCGCUGGGGAGCACCAACAAGACCUGUUCCAGGGCCUUCCACUGAUGUUUGUGUCCCCCCUGUCUCAGCCACCCACUCACAGUCUGGAGGAGCUCAUAAGGCUCUGUGGAGGAGCUGUCUGCCGCACCGUCAGACAAGCCGGAAUCUGUAUAGGGGAAUACAGGGGCAGGAAACCCGAGGGGACACGCUGUCUGUCGGAGCAGUGGAUAUUGGACUGUGUGACACAUCUGAAACGAUUUCCUUAUGAAGAUUAUGACUUGGAGUACCAAUACCCAUGAUCUUUGUGCCCUUUGAGAAAAUAUGUGGGGAUAUGUUUGAGAAAUUCCAUUGCAGUAUUUCACAUUUAUGUUGUCUUGUGACACAUUUUUACUUUAAGUGUUUUUUGUUUGUUUUAGUAUUAUUAUUUAAAAUAAACAAACUGUUAUUUGA